AUGCCCCCGCGCAAGACCCCAGCCAAAGGCAAGGCCGCUGUCAGGUCUACUCGAGAUGCCAAUUCAUCUGCUACGCCAAAAGCACGCCGGUCAAAGCUUGCAAAGGAGAACGAUAUCACAGCAGAAGAAGAGGCCGGGAUCAAAGAAGCAUGGAGCCUAUUUCGUCUGGAUGAAGUCGAGGAGUACGAAGACGAAAAGGAAGGUGUUAUUCGGACGAGUGACGUGCAGAAUGUGUUGAAGGCACAAGGCCUCGCUCCGGGCAGUCAAUCACAGAUGCGGGAAUUCAUUGAAGCACUUGAUCCCGAGUCAGAAGGCUACGUGACGUAUCCGCAUUUUCUUGCCUUGUGCGCCAUUCAGCUGAAAUCCAAGACGGAUGAGACCAAAGCAGAAGAAGUCGAGACUGCUUUUAAUCUCUUCCAUCCCGGUCAGAGCGCGGCCGGACAGGCUCAAGUGAUUCGACUGCAGGAUUUACGGGCAGUGGCCAAGACAUUGAAGGAGGACGUCGACGAUGAUGUUUUGAAGGCCAUGAUACUGGAGGCGAACGGAGGCAAGGGUGUCGGCAGGGGUGUGAACAUGGACGAAUUCCAAGCUAUCAUGACCCGGGCAGGUGUCUUUCAAUAG